GACAAACGCCCGGACGGUGUACAUAUCACUACCGGGCUCUACCGGGCUGUAAUUAGUACCACCAGUCUAUACACUUCCUGUUUUGGAGAUCGGUCCAGUGUCCUGCCGAAAGAAGUCCAGUCUGUCCUUUCCGUGUCGCUAUUGUUAGUUCACAAGGCCAGUGUUAAUCUGCCCUAGCUGUUACUAUGGCAGAUGGCCGCCCUUCAUCGGAACUGGACUUACACUUACUGGAGUGUCCAAUAUGUCUGGAGCGACUUCGACAACCCAAGUCCUUACCCUGCCUCCACUGCUUCUGUCAGGAAUGCCUCGGGACCUACAUUACCAAGGAGCUAUCUGGAAAAAUGGCGUCGGCAACAUCGUUCCCUUGUCCUGUCUGUAGGAGAAUGGCCCAGCCCGCCAAUCAAACGGAAGCUAAGGACAAAUGGGCAGAACAGUUCCCGACUAAUGCUGUGAUCCAGGACCUUAUCAAGCUUAAGGAACAUUCGUCUGAACCACUGUACUGCAAGCCAUGCCAGACAAGAGGUAACCUGACCAAUCUAGCGAAAUUCUGGUGCAAGUCGAUGGGCGUGAAAUUCUGUGAGACUUGUAAAGUACAAUAUCAUGAUAUCAUGCACAAUGAUUGUGAUAUCUUAGAUAUUACUGGGUACGAUAACAGGAAGACAAAACAGGAAAAGUCAGUCCCUAAAUGUGACCAACACGACGAGAAAUUGAUUUGGUACUGUGAAGACCACAAACGUCUCGGAUGCAACAUAUGUAUGAUCAAAGACCACAGACGUUGUGAUGAGGUGACAACGUCGAUUCAAUAUUUACAGAAGUUAAAAGCUGGGUCACAACUAGAAGAGAUGGAGAUGGCACUGAAGAAAGGAGCACAGGCUAUGACGUCAUUGGUGAAGGAUUUUGACGAGCAGCUCCAAACCAUGGUCCAAAAUCAGGAAAUCGCACUGAAAAGCAUCAAAGAUCUACGCCAAAGUGUCGAAGAACAGCUGAACAAACUUCAGAAGGACGUCACUGAUAGGUUAAUUACAUUGUUUAAAGAGGAGAAGGGGAAUAUGGAGGCGUCGUCACGACAGUGUGAACGUCUGGUGAACAGUAUGUUAAAUACCAUGAGGUUAUCCGUUACCGCCGCAGAGGGGAACGACACUAUUGAGGCGAUAGUGUUGUAUCAGAGAGGACAGGCAGAAGUGGAGUCGUGUAAGGCCCUGGUCACGGAAAUGAACAAGUCCUUCACGUCCGUCAGCAUUAAACAUCAGAUUGUUCCCAGACUGGUGACCCUUGGUGAUGAUGCGAUAGGGAAGAUCGUAAUCGAGAGACAACGGCGAUGUCUUCCUGGUGAUCUUGAUUACCUGUCCGUACCUUUGUCAGAGCGUCGUGUGAAAGAAAUAGGAAAGUUUACCGUAAAGAAUCCGUCUGAUAAAUCUAAUUGUUUGAUACGUGGGGUUGUGUAUCUUCCAAAUGAACAGAUAGUAGUUAGUGAUAGCAACAACAAGAAGCUGAAGCUGUUUACAGACAAAGGACAGUACCUGGACAGUACCUGGACGAGCUGAACAUUCGGGGAGAUCUCUGGGAUCUGUGUCUGGUGAACAACAAUACCGUGGCGGUCGCUGUCACCAGUCCUGGUGGUGUCCGUGUCGUGAAAGUUGAGGACUCAAAAUUCUCCCUGUCGUCCGAGAUCAACAUGACUAAUGUUAAACACUGUUUUGGUAUAACACAUAGAGACGGGAAGUUUAUCGUGGGUACACGUGGAGGAGAGGUAUACAGUGUGACACAGGACGGAACAGCCGAGUUGUUAUAUAAGUAUAAUAAUAACUGCUGGUCCCUCACACAAGAUCCAGUAAAGGGAGACACACUCGUCAGUGUCUAUACCAACACUACGGGGGACGUCGCGGUGUCUAGACUGUCGGCUGACAAACGUCACACGGAUGUGAUGAAGUUUGGUGUCGUGAAGGGUGCUGAAGGAAUAGACGUGGACAGGGAGGGUAACAUCUACGUGUGUGGUUAUAGUUCACACAACGUCGUACAGAUGUCUGGGGACGGGACACACGUCAGGGAACUGCUGAAGUCAUCAGAUGGAAUGAAAAAUCCACGGGCAAUAGCUGUUCGUGGUGACACGUUUGUGGUUACUUCUGAUUCUACAGACCAAAACAGUUAUAUUCUUAUCUGUCAACUCUACUAAUUAUUGAGCAGAUGAACACAUGGAUUGGUUGAUCACGUGAUAUGUAUAUGUACCAGAAUAGUACCACAAACACUCAAUACAAAUAAUUCAACAGUACAGUCACUAUGGUUGUGUACAAUGCAUUUUCUGAACUAAACAUAUAUUUGCUUUCAUACCGGAUAUUCCGUUGAUUUUUAUCACAUAGGAAAAUAAGACUUAUUUUCUGUUAAAAACAAUGAUUACCCAUGAAAGUGUGACAUCAUGAUAUCUGAUUUAUUAUUAUUUUUUGGUUUUGUUUGUAAUUGAUGAAAACAUGACUUAAUGAAAACUAUCACUUUGUUGAAAUUUCUGUGUUCCUGCCCGAAUACCAUAAUUGUGUAGGAAUGGAGUUUUACUGAAAAUUGUAAAAUCGUUAUUAUAUUUACCUGCCUGGUAGAAAAACAAUAUGAA